AAAAGUGUUUGGUCGGUUAAGCAGAAAGAAGUGAACCAAACACGUAUUAAUUGGUGCGUAUGUGUAAUGGACUCUGUCAACAACAACAACAACACACUUCUCUCUCUCGCAUUGUGCUGUCGUGUGUUCACUUGUGUAGAGGACUGCAGAGGAGGAUAACAGCUGAAGUUUCCUUCAUUUGACAUUACAUUUGGACUGUGUGCGUACUUCUCAGCUGUUGUGUUGUGUAUGAGGCAAUGGAUGACAAUGAUGAAGAGGACAGCUGCAGUAUAUACCCGAUCGGCAGUAACAUAAAGGCCAAGAUGCAGCAGUUUGUAGAGGAAAGAACAGAAGUCAACAUGUGGACGGCUGUUCUGAUCGGAGCUGUGACAGCUGUCUGCAUCGUUGGUGUCGUCGUGUUUCUUCUUUACAGAAGAUACAAGAAGUCAAAGGAGGAGGCCGGCGUUCCUCACUAUCGCUUCAGGAAGAGAGAUAAGGUCAUGUUCUAUGGUCGGAAGAUUAUGAGAAAGGUGCAGACGUUGUCCUCCACCCCGGCCCCGAAUUCAAACUCAGCAUCCCGGCAGAGGGUGAGGAAGAGGACUAAAGUCCUGUCUAUAGCUCGCAAGAUCCUGCGUAUCCGGAGGGAGCCCCCCACCCUGCAGCCCAAGGAGCCUCCUCCCAGUCUGCUGGAGGCUGACCUGACUGAGUUUGAUGUGCAGAACUCCCAUCUGCCCUCUGAGGUGUUGUACAUGCUGAAAAAUGUCAGGGUGCUGGGACACUUUGAGAAGCCUCUCUUCCUGGAGCUGUGUCGUCACAUGGUGCUGAUCCAGCUGCACCAGGGGGAGGCGCUCUUCCGACCGGGCGACACCGACGACAGUAUUUACGUGGUUCAAGACGGCCGCCUGGAGCUGUGCAUCCAUGAGAGCGAUGGUACGGAUGCUGUGGUGAAGGAGGUUUUAACAGGAGACAGUGUCCACAGUUUGCUCAGCAUCCUGGAUAUCAUCACUGGCUAUCCGGCUCCUUACAAGACUGUGUCUGCGAGGGCUGCCGCUCCCUCCACCGUCCUGCGUCUUCCAGCUGCAGCGUUUCAGUCAGUGUUUGAGAAAUAUCCCGAAACUCUGGUCCGUGUCAUCCAGAUAAUCAUGGUGCGUCUCCAGAGAGUGACCUUCCUCGCCUUACACAACUACCUCGGCCUGACCACUGAGCUCUUCAACCCGGAAAGUCAAGCCAUCUCCUUGGUGUCAGUAUCUCAUGUUCUGGGUGAGGCUCAUCCACACAGAGGCCUCCGCAGGCAACCCUCCCACUCUGAGGAGUCGGGCCCUGAAAAAACAGACACAGAAAAAUCCAGUCCCUCUGAAGCGCCACCAAAAUUCAGGAAGUCUCGCUCUCUCUCCAAUCCGAAUCCGGAUAUUACAGGUGAAAUGUCAGUCGACCUCAACAGAGUGUAUGAACGGGCGAGAAUUGCCAAAGAGGAGACGGUGCCUGCAAGUCCAGUGAAGUCUAUCCUGAAGAAGAGCGUGACAAUGCUGCACACUCCAUCUGCCGUUUACCACUACAGUGACACAGGAGGGGGGAAUGUUCAUCAUAAUAAGGUCAAUGCCAUUUUCCAAGCUGCCAAAAAGGAUCUGGUACGGGUCAUCCAGAUGCAGGACCCCAGUCUGCUGGAGGGGAGGGUGAAUCUACGCCAGGUCAAAGCUGGCACUGUUGUAGCCCACCAGGGAGACCAGGACGCGAGCGUGGCGUUCCUCAUCUCGGGCGUGCUCCACGUUUACCAGCGGAUGAUCGACCGCGAGGACGAGAGUCUGCUGUUCGUCACCCACCCGGGGGAGAUGGUGGGUCACCUGGCCGUCCUCACGGGGGAGCCUCUCAUCUUCACCGUCAGAGCUCAGCGAGACUGCAUGUUCCUCUCCAUAUCCAAGGCUCACUUCUAUGAGAUAAUGCGAGAAGAACCGAGGGUGGUGUUGAAUGUAGCUCACACGGUGGUGAAGAGGGUGUCACCGUUUGUCAGGCAGAUUGAUUUCGCUCUGGACUGGAUGGCUGUGGAGGCCGGCCGUGCCGUCUACAGACAGAGAGACAAGUCAGACAGCACCUUCAUUGUCCUCAGUGGCCGACUGCGCUCUGUCAUUGCAAAGGAUGAUGGGAAGAAGGAGCUAGCUGGAGAGUACGGUCGCGGGGAUCUCAUUGGUGUGGUCGAGGCCCUGACCCACAUGAACCGAGCCACCACAGUCCACGCUGUCAGGGACUCUGAGCUGGCCAAGCUGCCCGAAGGAGCUCUGAACUCCAUCAAGAGGAGGUAUCCUCAGGUCGUCACCAGACUCAUUCAUCUGCUGGGACAGAAGAUCCUGGGCAACAUGCAGCAGGUCAACGGGCCUCUAGCUGCACGCAGUCUGACCCUCCACACCCCCAACAGUAAGUGGGAUGCAGGGAACCCAGUCUCCAACCUGUCCACUGUGACCAUCCUGCCUGUGUCUGACGAGGUUCCCCUCACCGCCUUCACUCUGGAGCUGCAGCACGCACUCAGUGGCAUCGGCCCCACUCUACUGCUGACCAGUGACACCAUCAAACAGCGACUGGGCGCUGCCGCUCUGGACAACGUCCACGAGUACCGUCUGUCCAGUUGGCUCGGCCAGCAGGAGGACAUCCAUCGCAUCGUCCUCUACCAGUCUGACUCCGGACUCACGCCGUGGACGCAGCGCUGCAUCCGCCAGGCCGACUGCAUCAUCAUCGUGGGACUGGGCGAGCAGGAGCCAGCUGUGGGCGAGCUGGAGCGGAUGUUGGAGAGCAGUUCAGUUCGGGCUCAGAAGCAGCUGGUGUUGCUGCAUAAGGAGGACGGCCCCCCGCCUAAAGGGACGGCGGAGUGGCUGAACAUGCGGAGCUGGAUCUGCAGACACCAUCACCUGUCCUGCCCCCGCAGAGUGUUCUCCAGGAGGAGUUUACCCAAACUGAGAGAGUUGUACGAGAGAGUGUUUGAAAAGUGUCCAGAUCGUCACUCUGACUUCUCCCGCCUGGCCAGGAUCCUCACUGGAAACACCAUCGCCCUCGUGCUGGGUGGAGGGGGCGCCAGGGGCUGCUCUCAGGUGGGCAUCCUGCGGGCUCUGAAGGAGGCGGGGAUCCCUAUCGACUUGGUGGGCGGCACCUCCAUCGGUUCCUUAAUGGGAGCACUGUACGCAGAGGAGAAGAGCAACAGUCGGAUGAGGGUCCGGGCUCGCGAGUGGGCCAUGGAUAUGACGUCUCUAUUUAAGAAGAUCGUGGAUCUGACCUAUCCCGUCACCUCCAUGUUUUCUGGAGCUUCCUUUAACUCCAGCAUCAGCUCCGUCUUCAAGGGCAAACAGAUAGAGGACCUGUGGCUGCCGUACUUCAACAUCACUACAGAUAUCACAGCUUCCGCCAUGAGAGUUCACACUUAUGGGUCGUUGUGGCGGUAUGUUCGAGCCAGUAUGUCUCUGUCUGGUUACCUGCCGCCUCUCUGCGAUCCCAAAGAUGGACACUUACUCAUGGAUGGAGGUUACAUCAAUAAUCUGCCUGCUGACGUUGCUCGCUCCAUGGGUGCCAAGGUGGUGAUCGCCAUUGAUGUCGGAAGCCAGGACGAAACCAACCUGACCAACUACGGUGACACUCUUAAUGGCUGGUGGUUGCUGUGGAAACGUAUCAACCCAUUAGCUGAGAAAGUCAAGGUGUUGAACAUGGCAGAGAUCCAGACCCGGCUGGCUUACGUCUGCUGCGUCCGGCAGCUGGAGGUGGUCAAAGACAGCGAGUACUGCGAGUACAUCCGGCCACCCAUCGACCGCUACGGCACGCUGGAGUUUGGGAAGUUUGACGAGAUCGCUGAGGUGGGAUACCAGCACGGGAAGACUCUGUUUGACGUGUGGCAGCGCAGCGGGGUGGUGGACAGCAUGUUGAAGGACAGACAGGAGGAGUUACACAAGACCAAAACUGGCCAUGUGGUCACAUGUCCAAACGCUUCCUUCACUGACCUGGCGGAGAUCGUGUCAAGAAUCGAACCCGUGAAGGUGGCCACGAUUGAAGAGGAACUGUCUGAUGAAUACCAGACAGACUAUGACUAUGACGAGGACGCGGCUGAGAGCGCCCUCUCUGACUAUGAGGCGUUCACCGGCGGCAGUGAACACACAGAGGGAGAGGAGACUGCAGACACUGGUGAAACAGAUGAGGAGAUUCAAAUCAGAGUUCGACACCGGCUCAGUAAUGCCUCAGAAAGUGCUUGACAGUGACAUCCAUCAAAGCCACAGAACACACUUUUCAAUGCAGUAUUUCUGGUAACUUUUGAGAAAUGCAGCAUCACACUGACU